GUAGUAUAAGUUUGAUUUUUUUAUGGGUAAAUAGUAUUCAAUGUUCGUUGGGUACAGAGAUGCCAUGCCGGAAAUUGUUUUCCGAUCUCUGUAACUUCUCUACUCGUCUAUCCCCCUUAAAAUUCCUCUUAAUUUGGCUUUGUUUAGUCGGCAACAGUAAGCUCUGAUUAAUUUUUACUAGUUCUCAUUACCCGCGCUCCGCGCUGGGAUAUGUGUAACAUAUGAUUAUAGUUGUUUAAUUAUGCAAAUAAAACCAAGGAAAUAUUGUACGUGAUCAUUCGAAUACACAAUCUACUGAUCACAUUUUCAAUUAAGGCAAGUCCAACAGAAAAUCAAAUUUCUACAUUUGAAUUACAGUUUUAUAUGAAUUCUGAAUGAGAAAAUGCGCAUGACAAAUAAUAUAUUACAAUUAUCAUUUGGACUCUCCAGGAUCUUAGUGGGGAACAUUUCAACAUUUACCUAAAGAAAUCACGUAUGUCUAUUAAAGAAGUCACCAUGUGGGUUGAUAACGAUGUAAUUGCACAUAUUUGCGACCCUAGUUCUUAUCCGUUUGAGGGGCAUAGUCGUGUAUUGUGGCCUAUUUUACGCCGGGUUGUGCUAUUUUGUCAUGUUUCAGGUCCCAGGUGUCAAAGGGAAGGCUAAGCGCGAGUUUCAGGGCAUUCGGAAGUCAUUUCGGUGAGCUGGAGCCAAAACACGGGCACACCUAAGGCAUUACACGGCCGUGUUCCUGUGGCCGUGCUUUUUAUGCCGAGAGCCGAGCUGAUUACACGGGCAGGGCCGAGACAAAGCACGGUCGUGUUCCACCAAAGCACGGCCGUUUCCAACGCGAAGCACGGCCGUGUUUAUCCCAACUGCUGGCCGUGUAAUUAAGCUUGGCCGAGACACGGGCGGACUCAGGCAAAGCACGGCCGUGCCCUCGACCGUGCUUUGGCCACUGAUGCCUUUUUAAGAGGAUUUUCAGCCAAAGAGAAGGGGAUUCGAGUUUUAGAGAGAGAGAUCAGUUCCUAGAGAGAGAAAGCGACGAACAAGAGUCUCCAAGCGCCCUAGCUUGAUCUUCAACACCAUUGGAGGCCAGUUUGAGCUUGGAGAAGUGCCGAUCAACAUCCAGGAGCAGGAAUCCAUCCUUCACAGUAUGAAUUCCGCGUCUGAUUCUGCUUUUGCUUUCUUCUCCAUGGAGUAGUUCUCCCAUUCAUCUGGGUAUGGAGAACCCUAGAUUUGUAUGUUAGGCUUUGAUUGUAUGAACCCAAGUACCGAUUCUAUGAUUUGAUUAUAUUCGAUUGAGGUUUGAAUGAUUGAAUGGCUUGAAUCCUGAUCAAAUUCCUGUUGUUUCUGCUUUGACCUGGAAUGAGAAUAUCUGCCUAGGUUGAUAGAGCAUCCUUGAUUGACGGUAGGGAGUUGGUGACUUUAGUCGAGGAGCCAACUCACUAUUCUGUACCGGAUUUACUCCGGUAGUGGAGGUUUUGUUUGUUAAGGCCUCAAUCUGUUUACUCCGGCGGAGGUUAGUCGCCCGCUAGAGAUUCAGAUUGAGAGGGUCUGAAGACCUUUAGUCGAGACUUCAGGCUGUUUAAGAACCUUCCGCAGUAUAACUAUCAUAGAAACUGAACUUGGUAAUUACAAUCCGACUUAACUGCAGUCUAGGGGGAACCAUAUACGGGUGACCUCUCUUAACCUGAAUACAACAGUUUACUUGCUUUGUUUGUUUGGUAGUUUAGACUUGCAUUCCAGUUUCAUUGCUAGAUAAUAAGAAUUCAAUGAGUAGUCAUCAGAUCUAGGACCCGGGUUGAUAAUUAAACCCAAACCCGCUAUACUACGCUUUAGGAAGUGGUUUUGACUUGGCAAAUUCCUAGAGUGACAGUAGAAGUGAGUCAUGGGUCACAAUCCAAAAGACUUUCUAGAGAGGAGCAAAUCACCAAAUGCCAAAUUGUUGAUAAUGAAACAACUAAAAGCUUUCCUGACUUUCUUGGAAGUAGUUUUGGAAGUAGUUUUGGCAAUCUAAGAAUGUUUCCACAGGCACAAUCCAUCUGCUGACAUCAACUGCAUAUAAGGCAAGAGAAGGAAACAAAGUCAAAAACAUAAUUAUGCAUAGGAUAAAAGUAAACCUUUGGGGCUUCCAAACCAAACCUCUACCUCCUGUAAUUUCUACAUUUUGAGGCACCACAUGAUAAACUGAAUACUCAUAAUAAUUGGAAGUUUAUUAACAAAGACCGAGGAGAAAAGCAAAAGAGAUUGUUUUUUUUUUUACGAAAAAACAAAACUUAAUUCUGCAAAUCACUAAACAAAUUGAACUCGAAAACAAUCGUUUACCCAAAUUUUCAUCGUGCGAUGCUCAGAAAAUUACCACUUUGCAUAAGGAUAAGGAAAAUAAGUAGCCACCAAAGCUCUCGACUUUCACGACUCAGAAGUUUGAAAGCAGCUCAUCAAUUUUUGAAAAAUCGUAUCAUUUGGCACAGGGGCGAAUGAAAUUAUGAAAAAGAGAUCAACAAGACACAGAAUGAGAGAGAAAACAAUAAUAAGUAACCACAAAAGCAGGGGUCAUGUUGGGCUCAGGGUCCAUAUAUCGCAAGAAAGUGAGCUUGGGCGGGGUUCGUCCAGCCCAUAAAAGUCCAGAUCCAGGUCUGUAGGCAGGUGACCAGUCAUCAAUGUCCAGCCUAUUCAUUUUGUUGUUUGCGCACAAAAUUCCCAACAGGCCAAGAGGCAAGAAGCUUCUUUUCCUCAUCGUCAGUUCACCCGCGAAUCGGCGAUUGCAAAAGCACGGGGACUGAAACAACAAAUUCAAAUCCCGGGCGAUGGACGGGACUGGAAUGGCCGUCGGACAGCGCAAGUACAAGUGCGGCACCGCCGCAGAGACCCUAGAAUUUAUCAAGUCGAUUAUGGAAUUCAUUCGACCUUACAACUAACUUCUUGAUCACGGCGCAAGUCGUCAAUUUCUUCACGGAAAGACUGUGGGAGGAAUGGAUGGAUUGCUGCGGAACGAACCAGUUCAGCAUCUCCUUCUCAUUCCUUCCGGUGUAGUUGAGGUAAGGGCCGCCUGCUUUCUCCAGUACAGUAGUUCAAUGUAGUUGUUUGGUUAUGGUUUUUGUGUGUAAUUGCUUUCCCUAGGAGCACUGUCGGCUUCUCUCAAGCAAUUCAUUCUCACUUUGAGGUCCCUCAUGUUUCCAAGGGAGCAAAGUGGAGCUGCAAAAGGUACAUUUGCUUUGAGAUAAAGUGUUAUUGCAUCGUUCUUUCUUUUUUGGCUCCAUUUUGAUGGAGCUUUGGUGAACCGAAAGAAAAAAAACCACUAGUAGGUUUGUGUCUUGUUCUUGCCAAAAAUGAUUUUAUUUCUCUUGGUAGGUUCAUCUAAUUUUCCCUUCUAAUAUGCUGCAGCUUUUUCCCAAGCUGAACAUGACAUCGCUUAGUAGUUUCCUUUCCCAGGCAUGAACAAGAAGAAACAACACGAGGUAUGCUAUUCAUGUCCGAAAUGGUUAUCGAUUUUGCUAGUGGCCUGACUUGGAGUACUGCUCGUUGUCUUUAAGAGAACAAUGGAUCAACCUAUUGCUAAUUUGAUGUAAUGGGAGGAAACUAUAUAGUACGCAUUGGUUUUCUCAUUUUUUACUCUAUCUUUGAAUUUUUUAUUGUCACAUUUCUUUUGCAUUGAUGUGCAGAAGUAAUUUUUGAUGUUGGUGCUGGUGCUGGUCAGGUUUGAACUCCUUUUUCCCUUCUUCUAACAGACUGACAUGUAUGUUUGAAAACCCACGAGUACUAGCAUGAUAGAAGAGACUUUGCUUUCCCAACAGCUAUUUGCAGAACUUACCGAAUUCCUUUGAGAGGGACUUGCAGUUUACUUGCUUUCUUCACUACGGGCACAUAUUUUUGCUUUGUCAUAGCUUUAUCAAUAAUAACAUUAGCAUUAAUCAUCAUUGUUAUCAAUUCCUGAUUGAAAGGCGCCCCCAAGCUUGUGGAUCUUGUCCGUUGUAGCAUUAGUGUGGAUAUGAACGAUAUGAGUGAUGGCUAGAAAAUUGCUGAUUACUACUGAAGCAGUAUUAAAAUUUUGUUGAAGGUGUUUAGUUGUCUGAGAUGUUCUGUACGUGUUACAUGUAACUCAGGGAUACCUGGCACAAGUUCUUUCCUUUCGCUUUCAGUACAAUCAUCCUGUGGUUGCAAUUGAUUCUUGUUCUCGUCAUGGGAAAGUCACAGAGACAAGGGCUCAACGAAUAAGAAAGCAUUGUGCUGCUCAAAUUCGUAAAUUGGGGUAUGCAGUGCUCCUGUCUGUUGUAGUUUUGUGGUAUCAUAAAUUUUCUUUUCAGCAUGAACACAUUUUACAUUAUUGGGUUCUUUGCAUUGUUAAGAAGUAUUUAGUUUGCAUUUACUGACAACCCUUUCCACAUCCCCAUGUUAGUUCAGGAAUUGUCGACUGACAUGCUAAAAGCCCUGGCUGCCAUAGUACCACCAGCUGAUGAUGUCAAGGAGCCACAGUUCAUCAACGAAGAUACAGAUGGCAAACCUUCAUUGGUACUUACUGGAUUACAUGCUUGUGGUGAUCUUUCAGUGACAAUGCUGAAAGUGCAGACUGCAGAGAGAUGGAGUUGUCUUGACAAAGAUGCUGGUCUUCAGAAUUUUGAUUUGCAUGCCUUCAGUGUUGUUUUCCGGAUGGUUCUUCUUAAAUACUAUCCCGGAAUCAUAACUUCAAGCCCCUCGGUUGGCCGUCAAGGGAAGGCUUGCGCCGCAAGCAGCAGAGGGAGGUCCCCUAUUCCUUUGAAAAUGCUGAAGGAGCAAGAUGGUCUGCUGGAUGCAGCUUUGUUACCCAUUUUCGAUCCUGCGUUAUCUCCAAGGAAUGUGGCCAUAAUUGCCAGAAGAACUUGACACUAAGGUGUAAAUGAAGCAUUACAAAGACGACAUUAUCAUUGUUAGCCUACGCUGCAUUGCUGUCGUGGAAGAAAGGUCAGAUGAUCUUGGUGCCUGCCUCCUAGUUGAGCAUUUUCUGUCCUACUGGUUGAUGCAAGUUCUGGAGAAUUCCAAGGGAAAACUGUUCGCAAAAUGAUUGAUCGAAUUGUCUUCUAAUCUUGUGAAACCUUAUAUAAACUUGAUCUGAUAUCCAAAAAAAACAGGCUAUAUCUUCUUUUCACUUCACCUGCAUAUUCAAUUCAGAUGGCAGAAGUACCUGUCUGACUGUCUCCUUUCGUAGGUAUAAUUGUGAACUGUUUAUGUUGCCCAUGAAUGUGAAGCUGCAAAAACUGGUUGAGAUGAUGAACUGACGUUUAAUGAUGUUUUUUCUUUUUUGAAAUCCAUUGGUGAAAACUUUGCUUCUACUACUAAUACCUCAAGCAAGUUUGUCAAUUCCUGAAUGCUUUGUCUCUUGAUGCCCUAGGCCAAGAUUGGAGUGUGACAGACCAAGUUAAAAGUCCUAAGAGUUCAUUUCCCAGGGUCCACAUGAGGCUGCUUACUAUUGUUCUGAUGCAUGCUUGUGUAGGACCUUGUUUCUGUUUACCCGUUGAUGUCAAGAAGUAUAGGCUUUGUGAUGAUUAUUGUAAUUUGCCUACCCUACAUGCUUCAAUACUGUUCUAUUAAACUAGGAGAAUCAUUGUAACGAUCAAUCGUCAUCCAUUGGAGAAGCUUGGAUAUUCGUGUUUGAAAGGACUUUGAUAACUGUAGCUUUCUUUCUCAUAGCAGUGUGAAUGAAGGUCACUGUUAGCAAGUUGGAAAAUAAUUUGAUUGAUUAUAUUUAGAUAGGGAGAAGCGGUUGUCCGCACUCAGUUUGUCAGGUACCUAUUUCCGACCCACUCUAGGAAUUCCCAUCAUACACGAACUGUGAAGAGAAACAAUGCCAAAAAAUUAUGUAAGUGCAUUUUUUGUUAAUUACUUAUGUCCUUGUUGGAGAUAUCAAGUUGGAUUUUUCUUAUCAGGGGACUGGGGAAUAAUUGCUGUGUAUUGACGAAAAUCUAGCCGGUCGAUCUUUUGCAGUUUCUGACCAGCGGUUCAGCUGUACAAGUCCUGGCAGGUAAAUUACACCCUUCUCUUAUCUUUUCUAGGGGCCAAUGCCAUCUUUAGUCCCCUGUAUUAUAUUGUUUUGACAAAAUACAUCUUGGUAUUAUGAAUGUCAUCAAAUAAGUGUCUGUGCUGUAAAUCUUACUAAUGAGGUCGACCCAUUGCUAAGUGAGUGCUUUCUUGAUGAGACUUGCCACUUAUGUUGGAAAUUUGUAUUUCACCCCUCAAUUUGGCACCAUUGAGUAACCCCGACCUCAUUAAGUUCCAUAUGAGGGAUGCAUCGUAUAAGAAUGAGACGAAUAUAUGAUUGAAGAGAGGAAAGAAUCUUGGAAGGGUUGGCAUUUCAUUAUUGUUUGUAAUAGAAACUGGUGGGAGUAGGUUCUUGAGAUGAAUUGGAUUGGUUGAGAUAAGACCUUGAAGGGUAUAUGAUUUUGGAAGCUCACAAGACAAAUCAGCAUCAGUUGAAGUAAGCAGACGAAGAAAGAAGAAGCAUUCAG